AAGAAUAUAUUGUGCACUCACACUCCCACCACCCUCUCUGCACACUCUCUUCCCCUUAAUUCAUCUCUCAACAACCAAAUGGACUCCUUCGCCGCCGCAAAGCGAUCCCUCCCCCACCCCCCCAAGCAACCCCCGCCGGAGAAAAAAUCCGCCGCCGUCCGCCGCUCCCGCAAGGGCUGCAUGCGCGGCAAGGGCGGCCCCGAGAACGCCCUCUGCACCUACCGCGGCGUCCGCCAGCGCACGUGGGGCAAGUGGGUGGCCGAGAUCCGCGAGCCCAACCGCGGGGCCCGCGUCUGGCUCGGCACCUUCAACACCUCCCUCGAGGCCGCCCAGGCCUACGACGACGCCGCCAGACGCCUCUACGGCGCCGCGGCCAAGCUCAACCUCCCCGCCACCGACUCCGCCGGUGCCGGCGACCUGCCGGCGAAUAUUCCGGCGGCCGGAGGUGGUGGCGACGGAGGUGACCGGCCGGUGAAGAUUCCGGCGGCCGGAUCUCCCUCCUCCGGCGGAGACUCUGUGGUGCCGGAGUAUUACGAGGACUACUAUAGGAGCGAGGGGUCGGUGGUGGACGAGGCGCGGGGCAUGUGGGAUAUUCCGGUGGCGCCGACGCUGCUGGAUGAGAAGCUGCAGGGUGUGAACUGGCCGGAAUUUUCGCGGGAGGGUUUUAGUGAAUAUGAUUUUAUGGGGGAUUCAAGAGUUCCAUGGACUUUCUAGUUUUAAAUAGAAAUAUAGUAUAUCAAAUUAAUCUUUUACUAGGUUUUAUGUGUGUGUGUGUGUGUGUUGGGAAUUAUUGAUCAAAGGUUUUUAAUUUUAGGGAAGGUUUAAGUUUUUUUUCUUGAGAUGUUAAUCAAGUUUCUUUAGAUUAAUAGUAUUAGAAAAAAUUUAGGAUUUAAGUAUAUGAAGUAGUUGUACUUCCCUUUUUUUCCCUAAGUAAAUUAGGGUUUUGGGAAAUAUGUUUAUUGUGGUUUGAGUUAAUUAAUGUGGAAGUGGAAGGUUUAAUUUUAUUA